AUGAUUCAUGUUUCUACACCUGUAUUUUUGCUGUUACUGGUUAUGCUCCAGGCUGUUGCUGUGGUGAGGGCCAACUCUGGAGACAAUCUGGUCAGAAAAAGAAGAGAAUGGAUUCUCCCUCCAAAGUCUCUGAGGGAAAAUGUAGACUACACUCAACAUGAAUCUAUUGCCAGGAUUCGAUCAGAUAAUGAAAAUGAGGCAAAUAUCCACUACUCCCUGGAAGGCAUUGGUGCAAGCCAAUAUCCCUUCCAUGUGUUUGUGGUCGACCCUAAAAGUGGACACAUUCGUGUGACCAAAGUGCUUGAUAGAGAGCUGAUCGAUACGUACAAUCUGUCAGGUGUUGCUACGUAUACUGAUGGAAGGCAUGCAGAGAAAAAAAUCGACAUACGAAUAAAGGUUGUAGAUGAGAAUGACAAUGCUCCAGUGUUUGGAGCCAUCAAGCAUGGGGAGGUGAAUGAGCUCAGUCCUGCAGAGACUUCAGUUAUGAAAAUCACUGCAACUGAUGCAGAUCAACCAGGGCAUGAGAAUUCUCAGAUCGCCUAUUCCAUCAUAGAUCAGAAUCCACCCGAUGACAUGUUCUACAUUACCACUGGAGGGACCAUCUAUGUCAAAAGGCCUUCCCUGGACAGGGAGAAAGCAGAUCACUACACACUGACUGUGAAAGGUCAAGACCUAAAUGGCAAACCAGGGGGAAACAGUGGAACCAGCACUGUUACCAUUAAGAUCAAAGAUAUGAAUGACAACCUUCCCACUCUGGAAAAAGAAGAGUACGAGGGCAGCAUUGAGGAAAACACACAGGGUGUAGUGGUGAUGAGAAUCAAAGCAGAGGACCUGGACCAGGAGGGCACAGACAACUGGGAAGCCGUGUUUGAUAUUGUUAAAGGCAAUGAGGCUGGGUACUUCAGCAUUAGAACAGACCCCAACACCAACGAAGGCAUCCUAAUGCUCAACAAGGCUGUGGAUUUUGAGGAUGUGAAGGAUCUUGAACUGGGACUAGUUGUGAGAAACAAGGCUCCAGGAGCUGGUAUCGGUUUCGGAGGGGGAGCAGAUGGAACGGGGGGGGGGGGUGCAAGUGGUGCAAGUGGUGCAAGUGGUGCAAGUGGUGCAAGUGGUGCAAGUGGUGCAAGUGGUGCACCUGGAGGAUCAUCAUGGCAGAAUGGGACAACAUUUAAAACCUAUCCGAUCAAAAUCAAUGUGAAGAACCAGCCUGAGGGGCCACAUUUUGACCCGAAAGUGAAAGCUAUUCCCAUCUCAGAGGGAGGCCACUCCAUCAACAUUAAAGACAUUAUUGCCUGCUAUGCUGCAAUAGAUGGAGACACUGGGAAACCAGCUGAGAAUGUCAGGUAUGCCAAGGGCUCAGACCCUGACAACUGGCUAAGCAUCGACCCAAAGACAGCUGAGAUCAAACUGAACAAGAUGCCUGACAGAGAAUCUCCAUUCCUGGUUAAUGGGACAUAUAUUGCUAAAGUAGUCUGCAUUACAGAAGACAUGCCCGCUAAAACAGCCACCGGCACCAUAGCCAUCCAGGUGGAGGAUUUUAAUGACCACUGCCCCACCCUGACCAGUAAUAUCCAGACUAUGUGUACCCUGGAUGAUGCUGUUAUUGUGAACGCUAAAGAUGAGGAUGCAUUCCCUAACGGACCUCCCUUUGACUUUGUCAUUGUCCCAGAAGGCACUGAGGGCAAGUGGCAGGUGGAAUAUCUCAAUGAUACUGCAGCUAUCCUGAGGGCCCAGGAGUCCCUGUGGCCUGAUUUCUAUAUGGUGGAAUUUGUGGUGAGGGACAAGCAGGGAGAGGCCUGUCCAGAACCACAGAAAGUGAGAGUCCAUGUUUGUACCUGUGAGGAUGGAGUGAUAUGUGGAAAACAAGGUGCCAAUGGUCAGCCCAGCAAAGGAGGAGAGUUAGGAUCUGCCGGCAUUGGACUGCUAUUCCUUGCCCUGUUGCUGUUAGCACUCAUUCCUUUGUUGCUGCUCUUCUGCCAAUUUGGGAGGGCUGGGGGUCUGCCAGGGGGAUUUACUGAGAUGCCUUUUGACACCAAAUCAGAGCUCAUUAACUACCACACUGAGGGCCAGGGAGAGAAUACGGAAGUGCCACUGCUGAACAUGCCAACACAAAUGGAUGGAGAUAUAGUGAAUGUGGGUAUUGGCAUGGCUAGCAAAACUUCAGCAAUGGCGCAGUCAGUCACUUCCAUGGAUGGGAUGAACAGGACCAUCUAUCCAGGAGGGUUUGCAAGUGACCUCAGGAAUGGAACAUGGGGGAUGAUGAACCAGCUGCACGGCAGUGGCUUCUACUCUGAGUUUGAAAGCAGAGAAUCAGGAGGAGGGGAAGGAAUUUAUGACAGCAUGGCUCUGCCAGACAACUUCCUGGGACAGUACUACACUCAGAAGAUGGCCAUUGGAAAUGAGAACCUUGGAGUAAAGGACAGCUUGUUGGUUUAUGACUGUGAGGGUCAUGGCUCUUCUACUAGCUCAGUGGGCUGCUGCAGUCUCCAGGAGUCUGACAACAACCUGCAAUUCCUCAAUGACCUCGGACCAAAGUUUAAGACCCUGGCUGACGUGUGCGUGGGCAAGACACUCCCAACUGAAGUCAAACAAGCGUUCUUUCCUCUGCCCAGUGCCUCCAUCAACACUCAGACCUCAGUAUCAAGUUUGGUUACUGCCCCACAGCUAUCCGCUCCACGCAAGCUGCAACCAACCAUCCCCAAAAGGGAGCAGACUGUGGUAAGGGAGACAUCUGAACAUUCUCAGAACGUGAAGAAAAGCACGGCCAUGGUGACAGGAGGGAUGGCAAAUCAAGGCCAGAUUCACCUGCUACAACAGCAGCAGCCUGUGUACUACACCACCACCCCUGUGCUGCAGCCAGUGCACUAUGUAGUCCAGCCACAGGUUCAGAACACCAUGCUGCUGGCUGAGGCACCGGCCACCAAACUGCAGGGCAUGGUACUGGUUAACAGCACCCAGACUGGACCUGCCCAAGGUGUGGUUGUUCAGGGGCAGACAGUGGUGUCUAGUGGGGAAUCUCAGCACCCCAGCAUGGUGCUGGUUGAGAGGAGCGGGGUCCAGGGAGACAGUAACAACCUGAUCCAUACUGGAAACCUCUCUGGCUCCCAAAUCAUGAUGGUUGUGGAGAGCAAGGUCCCUCCAGGGUCAAUGAAAGCGCUGAAAGGAAGCCAGACCUGCUUCGCUCAGGGAGGUACCCUACAGCCAGGAGGGCGUUCGGGAUCUCAGAGAGUCCUGGUGGUCGGAGGGCCAACAAGCAGUGGAGGGCAGCUGAUUCAGGAGGUGGGAGGUCUGUCCAAAAAGACUGACGUCUCGGAUUCCUCUACCACCACUAUGAGCAUACCCCCCAACUACUGCAAGGCAGUGGAGCAGAAGACCAGUGAAAUUCACUGA